CGGAUGAUUCAAUGAUACUUGAUCUCUGAAGCUGUCCAACGCGGCUAGUAGGCCUGUUGUUCCGCAGUUUUUUGCUGACUAGACGUAUGUUGCUAUCUGGUACUGUUUCAUACAGUCCCACAGCGUGUCAACCGCUUAGCGUAUUCGUGUCAAUUAACGUUACCAUAUGUCCUUUUGUUUACACAUCACUCUUAUACUGAUAUACUUCGACCGUAGUAAACACAUUGACUUUCAGCAUUUCACUGUUAACCUGUAAAAUAUAAAUAUGUCGGCUCAGGAUUUUGGAAUCCUUGCACUAGAAGUGUACUUCCCAAGGUACUAUAUUUCACAGUCAGACCUAGAAGUGGCGGAUGGCUGUCCGGGAAAAUAUGUUACGGGGCUAGAACAGGAAUCUCUUGGAUUUUGCACUAUUGAGGAGGACAUCAGCUCCAUCUGCCUGACGGCUGUAUCCAACCUCGUUCGUCGGUUGAAUCUGGACCUUCUAAAUGUUGGUUUUAUGGAGGUUGGUACGGAAACCCUGAUUGAUAAAUCAAAGUCCACCAAAACUGUCCUGAUGCAGUUAUUUGAGGCCUGUGGAAAUUUCGACGUGGAGGGCAUCGACGUAAAAAACGCCUGUUUCGGAGGUACUGCCGCAUUGUUUCACGCGCUAAAUUGGUUGGAAUCCAGUGCAUGGGACGGUCGUUUGGCUUUGGUAGUCGCUGGCGAUAUUGCGAUUUAUGGGAGUAAGGCUGCCCGUCCAACAGGCGGCGCUGGGGCUGUGGCAAUACUCUUAGGCCCGAAUGCUCCGCUGGUUAUUGACCCCGGCCUCAGAUCUCACCACGUCCAACACAAGUAUGAUUUCUACAAGCCCGAUAUGAGUUCUGAAUAUCCCACAGUUGAUGGUCAUCUGAGUCUACAGUGCUAUCGGGAUGCGCUGAUCCAAUGUUAUCGAAAAUACAAACGAAGAGUAUGGACCAAAAAUCAACUCCCGGUGGUUGUUUCGGCCCCUUUGCAAAAGCCAGGGUUAUCUUCCCUUCACAACAUUGAUUACCUGUGCUUUCACAGUCCAUUUACUCGACUCGUUCGUAAAGCCUACGGAUGGUUAGUUAUGGAUGACAUGCUGGCUCUUCACCCUGGUCCUUUGUUCCCCGAUAAGGAGGCAACUACAAAUGGGUCCGUUGUCGGUGAUUCGAUAGCAGAAAAUGGCACAAAUAACUUGGCAGCCACGAUUGAUGAUCAAGUGAGGACCGCCUUUACGACAAUUAUAAACGGCGUUGGUGCAGACUCUGCCAAACAAUCCACCCGCGAUGUUGAUAUCCGGUGCAUGGAAGCCACUCGCAGUUUGUUCUCAAUGAAGGUUGAACACAGUCUUGUGUUCGCCAAACACGUGGGAAACAUGUACACAGCAUCUUUGUACGGUUGUCUUGCCAGCCUGUUAUUCAGUGUCCCAGAUCUGGAGUUACGUAACCGCAGGAUAUUAAUGUAUUCCUACGGAUCCGGUUUGGCCGCUGCCAUGUUCAGUCUGACUGUGCAUCCAUCACGUCCCCUUGUCAAUGUGGUUGGCUCUACUGCAUCUCCAGACAGAAAGCAAAAUUCCGUUUUUAACCGACUUUUCAAUCAAAGAACUCGUUUACAGGUCUCCGAAUUCGAAAAAAUAUUGAAUGAACGACGUUCAUCACACAAUGCAGCCCCUUUCAAGCCGCCACACAACCCAGGCGGUUUAUUCCCGGGUUCCUAUUUCCUAACUGAAGUUGAUGAAUCUCACAGAAGGACCUAUGAAAUAUUGCCGUCCCAGCACAUUUUCAUCCGACUUUGUUUGUUCCUAUAG